UGGCUAAUUUGCCAUAACGACAGCCUCGGAUCACUCUCUAAUUAAAUUUGCAAAAAUGAUUUAGAAAAACAAAUUCAACGCUCCAAAGAAAACUAGCCGUUACAAAAUCUAAAAGCGUCAAAAGCUCAACUUUUCUUCCUUUCCCUUCGUUGAUCAAUGAAUUCAAGAACCCGAAAACCCUAACCAAACAAUCAUUCAUCAAUACACAAAACGCAUCAACUUUCACAUUGCCUUACAGUGACUUUGAUGGAUUCAAACUGCAAAUCCACUAGGCUUACGCCUAAAAAAUGCUGCAAGAAUUUCGAAAAUUCGAACCCCAAUGUGGAACACAGUCCAGUUCUAUCAAAAUCUUCUAAAUCACCAUCAAUGGCAAAAUCAGCAACGAAAACACAGAAAUCAGUUUCCAGAAAUACCAACACAAAUCAAUUGGCUUCACCUUUCCCCAAAAACAAGAUUCGUCAGAGGAAGUUUGUAAUCGCGAAGAAGAAUAAUGUGAAACCUUCAAUGGUUUGUAAGUGUAAUAAUAAGGCUGGUACUGAGAAAAAGAAGUGUCUUUGUGUUGCUUAUGAGACUCUCAGGGCUUCUCAAGAAGGGUUCUUUAAGAAUCGUGGUGCAAAUGAACAGGAAGAGUAUGAAAUUGAUAAGUUGGAUGAAAUAAAUGGAGAUGGGGAGCAAAAGAGUAUUGAGUCGUUGAUUCAAAACAUUCACAGUGAAUUAGUUGAAUUGGGUGAUUGUUGUGUAACAGAUGAAUUAGCCGAAAGGGCAAACGAGGAUUCAGGUGAAAUGAGUGUUGGGACUAUAAAGAGGAGGAGGGAGAGGGUGUUGGAAGAAGCAAGACAAAGUGUACCUGAAGCUGGUUCUGGAAAAGUGAAGCAUUUAGUUAAGGCUUUUGAGAAGCUUCUCUCAAUACCCAAAACAAAUGAGUGUGAGGAGAAAGUGGAAAAAGACGAAAAGGAAGUAGAAGAUUUUAGCAAGGGACAUAAAUGGGCAUUGCCUGGUUUACAGCCUCCCAAGAUUCUUGAGACACAGGUAUCUUCUUCUUCGUUUUGUCCAUCUGAUUUUUUCCUCACCUCCGAGAGUUUAGGCUUGGAUUCCCGUCGUGCCUCCUCAUUUGAUAGCAGCCAUGGAUGCUUCAGUAUUUCAAGCAGGACUUCAGGUGGUGGUCGAAGGAGCAGACGCAAUAGUGCUGGAUCAUCAAGAACAUUUGCUCAAAGAAACUGGAAGAGAAGGCAGCUCAAAGCGACCUCCCAAAAGCCCUUCAAACUUAGAACUGAGGAAAGGGGAAAAUGUAAGGAGGACGAAUUUUUAAAGAAAAUGCAACAAAUGGCUGAGGAAGAGGAGAAACAGCGGAUACCGAUUGCACAAGGCCUUCCAUGGACAACAGACGAGCCAGAGUGUUUGGCAAAGCCCCCAGUAAAAGAGAUAACAAGGCCAGUUGAUCUGGUACUGCACAGUGACAUUAGGGCUGCUGAACGUGCUGAGUUUGACCAUCAGGUGGCAGAAAAAAUGAGCCUUAUUGAACAAUACAAGAUGGAAAGAGAGAGACUGCAGAAGAUGGCUGAGGAAGAAGAAAUUAGGAGGCUGAGAAAGGAGCUCGUUCCAAAAGCUCAACCAAUGCCCUACUUUGACAGGCCUUUCAUUCCUAGAAGGUCAACAAAAGAUCCUACCAUUCCAAGAGAGCCAAAGUUCCAUAUACCGCAACAUAAGAAGAUAAAGUGCUGCGUGUCUUGGAAUGAUAUGUACAUACACAACAACAGUGAAUGGGGGAUGCAGCAAUGACAAAGACUGAGGCAGUCCUGCAUUUGGGCCUGCAUCAUCACCUGUUCAUAUUCUUUUAUUCAAUGGUAUAUAUAUGAAGCAAUAGUUUUUGAUAAUCGUAUCAAUUUUUGGGAAAGGGAAAAGAAAACAGUUAGUUUGGCACAAUGGUAUGCUAUCUGAAUCAACAACUCUCUAUUUGCACAACCCAGAGUACUUCUGUGAUUAUGCUUAUGAAUGAGAACAUUUUGAUCCUCUCCAAUUGAAAUGAACGUUGAACUUACUAUUCC